AGAAGCCACCAGCAAAGUUAGCUGUACUCUCCUUGUGCUUCCAGCCUGCCUCUGAAGUCUUAACAUUACUGAAGCUGCCUGUAUGACAUUUUGUCAUGUGGAACAAAGUUUGCGAUCACUCCACCGGCAGGAUCACUGGCCACAACGCAGUGAGGCAAAUGCCAAAGAAGAAAGAAACUCUUGAGAUUCUGCCCUGCACAGUGUCUCAGCUUCUGUCUGCUUCUGAAAUGAACAAAUACACCUUUGCAAUCUGUGACUGGCAGCUGAACCAGGUGUCUGUAGUGGGUGUCAUCAGAGAGUAUUCUCCCUCCGUGACCAACAUCCUGUUCUCUGUGGAUGACAUGACAGGUCCACCUAUAAGUGUGAAGCAGUGGGUUAAUGCAGAGGACAGUGGUCUGAUGAUGUUUGCCUCUCCUGGAACAUAUGUGAGAGUUACAGGAAAUCUACGCAGUUUCAGAGGUGAAAGGUCAUUGCUGGCAAUGAACAUGCGUUGCAUCAAGGACCUGAAUGAGAUCACAUCCCACAUGUUGGAAGUGGUACAAGCCCAUAUGCAGCUUUUUAGAAAGGUGUUCGACGUGAAUAUGAACACCACUCUUACCUCGCUGUCUGGACGGAGUGGUGGUGGAGAUCCUGUAGACAUCUCGCCAAAAGAUUUGUUCACCAACCAGGACCGGGUGUUGCAUGUAAUCAGGAAGUUCUCCCCUGAUGAUGGCAUCAGUUUCCAUGACCUGAAGACACAUCUGGACUCCCUCAGUGAGGCAGACCUCAGAUCUGCUUUGACUUUUCUUGUAAAUGAAGGCCAUGUCUUCUCUACCAUCGAUGAGCAUCACUUUAAAUCAACAGAGCAUUAGUAGGCACCCAGAGGCCAGUCCUGGACUACAGCUGAUCAGAAUGUGACCACUGCACACAUUUUUUUUUUUUUUUUUUUUUUUUUUUUUGGUGGGAUCAUUGUUUUGGUGUUUCUGUCUGUAUUGGUCUGAAGCUUAUAUAGUUUAUAAUCUAUCAUUAGUUGCCUGUAAAGAAUUACUGUACUAAUUAACUGCUCAGGCCUUGUUAGGUUUGACCGUAUUAUUUGGUGUUUCUAGUUUAUUCAUGUUCUGAUUUUCUGGGUACCCUCACACUGUCAUGAUCAC